AUGACCCUGCUCACCCACUUGCUGAUGCGAUCACGACCCCGUCAGAGCGUUUCAGCACCGCGUCGCGCCGGUCAGCUCCUCCGCCUUGUGGUUAUUGAUUUCCCCUCCAGGACGUUCAAUCUGCGGAGAAAAGCGGAAGUCGGCGCACAAGAAAACAACUUCACUUUGAGGAGCUCGAACUUGAAAGUCACAGGGGAAGAGAUGGAUACCGAUCGACCGACAAAUGUCUCCUUUUUCGAUUUUGUCGGAGGAGUUCAACUUCUCCAGCGGGAUGAGACCAGGACCGCCAUGCCUGUCAUCCUGAUCGGGAUCUGCGUGUCCGGAGCGGUCGGGAAUUUGCUCGUUUUGCUGAUUUUCAUCCGUGACUUUAGAAACGGGAAGGGCUCUGAGGUGAAAGCGCUCCUCGCCUCUCUGGCCUCCACGGACUUGGUGAUCCUGCUGCUGUGCGCCCCCGUGCGCGCCGUCACCUACUACAAGCAGACCUGGACCCUGGGGAGUUUUGUCUGCAGCACCACGGACUGGUUCCAGCACUCGUGUGUGGUAGCAAAAACUUUAAUUCUUGCAGUCACCACCAGAGCCAAACACACGUUGGUUCCCAGCACCGCCACGGGGCCCCUCUACAGCCCGACGUGGAUUCACGGGGCCCUGGCGUUCAUUUGGAUUGUGUCCAUGAUGUUUCCGAUUCCCCAGAUGCUUUUUGCCUCUUUGAUGCAGCAGGGCCCCGACACCAUUUGCGUCUCUCAGAUGCCAGCGUGCGCGUCUGACUUCAUGAGUUUGUUCUACAAGAUUUAUCCAACUGCAACCUUCGUGGCGCCGGUCAUCUUCACACUUGGCUACUACACGAAAACGCUGCACUCUGCGGUGAAUCACGCGCCCAGCCCGCAGCACCAGAGCAAAGUUACCCUGGUUUUACUGUGUCUGAGCGGCGCCCUCGGGCUCAUGCUGCUGCCAGAGUGGGGCACAUUCACCUGGGUCAGGCUCGGGUACAACAAACCUCCUGUGGGUUUCACCAUCUUCGCGCAGGUGCUCCUUUACGCGUGCAGCUCGCUCUCUCCGGUGAUCCUGAUGACCAUGUACGACGACGUGCGCCAGGGGUUGAUCACCAUCUGGUUCAUCGCGACCUGCAGAGGCUCGAAGCAGCUCCCCAGCAACAAGUGUCCGAAAACGGAGGGAAACGGAGCAGAAGUCGGAGCCAACGCCGUGGCCAACGCGGUCUCACCGGAGAAGGAGAAGACCUUCCCGGACGUGGAGCACUUUUGGACAGGGCGCAGGAAUACGCACGUCGAGGAAGAGCAGGAUCCGGUUCCGUGGGAGAGAGAGGAGAAAAUGUUGUAGUGAAUCAGAUGUUUUUGUUUUGUUUUGGGUUUGUUUUUUAGCAGAAGCUUUCAACGUGUUCUCAGCUGGUUUCUAGCUUGUUUGACCCACAGUGCAGACCCUCGUUGAACGGCUGUAGCGGCCUGUUUGCUGUCGUGAGCUUGAGUAGACGUAAAACCAACUUGUACACUAUCACGUUUCGAUGUUACAACAUGUUUCUACUGUAUAUUUUGAAUAUUUAGUUCUCGUCCGCAGUUUUGCUGCGCUGUCAUGUAGGACGACACGUCCAUCACAGGAGGUUUGUACAAAUCUGUGGCCAAUGUAAAUAUCCAGGACGCUGGAGCUUCAGACAGGUUUGUUGUGAUUGUGUACACGUGGAUAAUAAAACAUUCUCAGAUAUGGACUGUGUGUG